GCAGAGUUUCUCCUUGGUGUUUCACUUGGUGUCAGUGUCUGUGUAUCACUGUAAACUGGUUUGUGAAGACACCCAAAGUGGUCCGACCUACGAGUCCAUGCAGGCUGUGUUUGACCUCCAACCCUUCAGGCCAGUUGUAAACCUCAGCAGUCCCACCAUCGCCAACCUCUCCUUCACCCUGUAUGCGGUCCUCGGGGUGAAUGAAAAAGCUCAGAUACUCACUACUUUCUUGUGGCUGAGACUGUUCUGGCACAAUGAGUUCUUGGUUUGGGACCCUGAUGAGUGCGGGGGAGUCACCAGGAUUUCUCUCCCUGUAAAGGAACUGUGGACGCCAGACAUCAUUGUUUAUGAAUUCGUGGACGAUGACGUUUCCCAGGCUUGUCCGUACGUUUACGUGAACCACACGGGUCACAUUCGCUGGGACAGGAUGCUGCGACUCGUCUCGGCCUGCAACCUGGAGAUCUUCAGUUUUCCCUUCGACGUGCAGAACUGCACGUUUACGUUCGGCUCCUACAUGCACACCAUACGUGACGUGAGGCUCAGCCCAGCCCUGACCUUCAGUGAGAUAUCGAGAAACUCAAGGCAGUACCUGGAAGCCAGUGGGGAGUGGGAGCUGAUGGACAUUACCGGAGAAGCUUCCAUACUGCGGUUUGGGAUAGACGAGUGGGACAUCAUCACCUUCUGGGUGGUGAUAAGGAGAAGUCCGGUGCUCUACGUGGUCAACCUGCUGAUCCCCAGCUCCUUCCUCAUGCUCAUUGACAUCCUGUCCUUCUACCUGCCGCCCCACAGCGUCGACCGUGCCUCCUUCAAGAUGACCCURAUCCUGGGCUACACCGUGUUCCUGCUCAUCAUGAACGACCUGCUGCCCAGCACGGCAAACGGCACUCCCAUCAUAGGGAUUUAUUUCUCCGUGUGUCUGGCCCUCAUGGUCAUCAGUCUUCUGGAGACGGUCAUCAUCACCAACGUCCUUCAUCACAGCUCCAUGAAGUACCAGGUGGUUCCCAACUGGGUUCAAGUCYUUAUCCUCAAACACAUCGCCAACCUGAUCUGUUACCGCUGGCCUGAAGAUGUCCGGCCGCCUGACAAAACACAGGAGGAGAAAGAUGAGAGCUCAAACGGCACCGCGGGCCCGCGGGUCAUCCAACCCGUCAGCCAGACCCCUGACAGGCAUCCGACCGGCAAUGGAGGUCCAGUUUCUGUGCCGGAGCUGCAGCAGAUCUGUCAGUACCUGAGGGACCUCCGGGCCCACCUGGACUCCAUGCAGAAGGAGAACGAGCUGCAGGAACAGUGGUGCCACGUGGGCUACAUCCUGGACUACCUGCUGUUCCGCAUCUACCUGCUGCUGAUCACCUGCUACGCCCUGGUCAUCAUCACCAUGUGGUGCAUCUGGAUCAGCCAGAGCUAACUGGACCGGUGUCUGCGCACAGAAAUUAAAAAUACAUGAAAAAAAAAACUUUUUUAAAGUUAGGUUUAAGCUCCUGGAAAACUGAUGUGAUUUAUUUAGAGAUUCUUUUGCAAGACUAUAAAUAGGUUAUGUUUAAAAUUUAUUUUAAUGCAUUCUGUAAAAAAACAAUAAACUGUCUAAUGUUUAAUAAAGCCAAUGAUGUUUACUACUUUACACAUAGCUAUAUUUACAUAUACAGCUUUCUUAACAGGGAAGAUGUUUGACUAAAUGUAAUCUUGUAAUUUUUUAUGUUUUAUGCUUCAGUUUUGAAAUAACGUUACUUUAAGGGGUUGAAUAAAAGUAAUGAAGGUUUCUACAGGUCAAUAUUAAAUAUAACAUGCUGAGACUCAAUCAACUGUAUUUCAAACAUUGUACAACUCCAACAAAAAAAAGAAAGAAAUUGUGCACUGUGAACAGCACAUUGUGAUCUCUUGUUGAUUCAAA